AUGGCCGGAGCAGUGAAGAACGAAGCCGCCUCCGGGUCCUGCCAGAGGAUGAGCGCGAUGGAGCGCGAGUGUCUGGUCGAGCGACGCAGGACGGCAAAGCUCGUCGAGUGCUCGGAGAUGCUGAGACGCGACGGCACCCAAAGAUACUCCAAGGAGACCUUCAAGACCCUCUUUCACAACGAGGUGUUCUUGGAGAAGCUGUUCACACUGUUCGAUCAAAAUCGGGAAGGAUGGUUAAAACAAGACGAAUGGAUUGAAUUCCUGAAAGGCAGACUGAUUACUGAGAAGCAGAAUGACUUUGUCGACCAAAUCGAGAGCGUGGCUUACGUACUUUGCGGUGAGGAGUCGGUCAAUUUCACCACAUUCCGACAGAUAUUCCACGCCAAAGGAAUUAUUGAAAAAUUACUUAAGCUCAUCGAUAUAGAAUGUACAGGAUAUGCAACACCUGAGCAAAUAAUGGAAUUUAUUUCUUCAAUCACUAAUCCAAGGGCGAGAAUUGGCUUUGACGAACGCAAUUUAGAAUGGUUGGAAAAAAUAUUUAAGCAAACCGUUGGAAACGAAAAAGAGAUAAGACGAGAGGAGUUCAAAAAAAUUGUUACAUCAAAAAAUCCGUUCUUUACCGAAAGGGUCUUUCAAAUUUUCGACAAGGACAAUUCCGGGACAAUAUCGUUACAGGAAUUCCUCGAUGCGAUGCACCAGUUUGCCGGAAAGUCACCCGAUGACAAAAUUAGAUUCCUCUUCAAGGUCUACGAUAUUGAUGGCGACGGCCUGAUUCAGCUGCGAGAGCUCGAGCACGUGUUGCGCGCCUGCAUGGAAGAGAACGGCAUGCGGUGCAGCGACGAGCAAAUCGAGGAGCUGACGACAGCCCUGUUCGAAGACGCCGACCAGGGCAACCGGGGCGCGAUCACCUUCGAGGCUCUCAAAAGGCAACUGGAGAAGCACGACGGCCUACUGGAAAAUCUCACCAUUAGCAUAGACAGAUGGUUGGUGCCUCCAAAACCAGAAGAACCAAAAACGUUCCUUCCUAAACAAUUACGACCAUAUCAAUUAACGAAACCAUAUUUAAAAAAUAAUUAUGUAAAAAUUGCAUUUAUAUCGACAUUCAUAAUAAUCAAUCUUGCACUUUUCGUAUCGAGAGUCUAUCAAUACAGACAUGCGAAUGGAUAUGUGAUUUUGGCACGAGCUUGUGGACAAUGCCUCAACUUUGAUUGUAUGUUCAUCCUCGUGCUGAUGCUUCGACAGUGCAUCACAUUUCUUAGAACUCAUGGAUUCAGUUUCGUUCUACCAUUGGAUAAUCACAUAUAUCUCCAUAAAAUGACGGGGGCCCUCGUUGGCAUACUCAGUCUUAUUCACACCCUCAUGCAUCUACUCAACUUCGGGACGAUCGUCAUCAAGGACGAGCACCUGAACAGCGCCAAUUACACGAUGUCCGAGUGGCUGCUGACAAGUCGACCCCGGCUCUUUGGCCUCGUCGCCGGCGGUGCCAAUCCCACGGGUGUCGCCUUGAUCGUCAUCCUCGCCGUCAUGAGCGUCUGCUCGAUGCCCUUCGUGCGCAGGGGAGGCUGCUUCGAGGUCUUUUAUUGGUCGCAUUUGCUCUACGUGCCCUUUUGGAUACUCACGAUAUUCCACGCUCCGAAUUUCUGGAAAUGGUUCGUCGUUCCGGGCCUAAUAUACGCGGUCGAGCGCAUCCGUCGACUGGCUUGGGUGGAAGCCCAGCGUGGCAAAACUUACAUAAGCUCGGGUCUGCUGCUGCCGUCCAAGGUCACGCACUUGGUCAUCAAAAGGCCGCCGAACUUUGACUUCCGACCAGGUGACUACGUCUUCGUUAACGUCCCCGUCAUCGCCAAGUACGAGUGGCAUCCAUUCACCAUUAGUAGUGCGCCCGAGCAGGAAGAGUACAUGUGGUUGCAUAUUCGUGCUGUCGGUGAGUGGACCAAUAGUCUAUAUUAUUAUUUUGAAAAGGAACAGCAGAAGCUUCAUCGAGGCGAUGUUUUACCCGUCGAAAAUACCAGAAAAACACCGUGCAAAGUCGUAAAAACUAUUCCAAACCUACUGGAGAAGAAAUUUUCCACGGAUUCGCUCGAUGAUCCAAGGGGCCUAAUAAAUCCAGUUUUUCUACCGGAUCAUGAAAAGACAUCGUCAUCAAAUCCCACGAUAAGUUCUCCAUCCACAUUUUCCAUGGCUACCGAAUCGAACAACGCUCGAGCCGGUCCUAUGCGUGAAAAAAAGCUGCACCAGCUUGUUUUAACUAGCAAAAUGCCCCUUGAGAAGUCAUUCUCGAUGCCCGAUAUGCAAACUAAAACGAAAAAGAGACAAAGAAUGAUUGUACUUCGUGAUUACAUGAGGUCCGAGUCUGAGAAAAGUUUCGACGAAUGUUCGAUGCGCCGUGCAAGAUUAAAAUCACUCGGCUUGGCUUAUCUUAGUCCACAAAAUAAAUCAUUGGCACAAAGCUUUCGUUAUAUGCGCACCAAACCAACCAUCAUAGCAUUUAAAACUCCGAGUUUGGAGAAUUGCGAGUAUGAAAUUCCUUCGUCAGCAACAAAAUCAACUAUGAACGAAGAUGAUGAAAAAUCGAUGGCAGGUUGUUUGCCAGCAGCCGCGGAAGAAGGCAAAGUUGGCAAAUUGUAUGGAGAAAAGAGAGAAAUAAGCUGUUUCAGUGGCGUAAAGUGUGAAAUCUCUGUCCAUACGAACGGGAUAAAUUAUCCCGUUGGCAAGCCUCUUGAGAUUUACCUGGAUGGGCCGUACGGGGCCCCGUCCAGUCACAUAUUCCAGGCCCAGCACGCGGUCCUCAUAGCAACGGGCAUCGGGGUCACGCCGUUCGCCUCGUUGCUCCAGUCGAUAAUGCAUCGCUACUGGAAGGCUCGGCAUACCUGUCCCAAGUGCUCCUUCGCUUGGUCCAGCGAGAUACCCGCCACGGUCAUGAAGCUCAGAAAGGUGGACUUUUUCUGGAUCAACAGAGAUCAGCGCUCGUUCGAGUGGUUCGUCAACUUACUCUCGCAGCUUGAGAUUGAGCAGGCUGAGCUCGGCGUGACAAUGGAGCGUUUUCUCGAGAUGCACAUGUAUAUAACCAGCGCCCUACAAAAGAGCGACAUGAAGGCUGUGGGACUGCAACUCGCCCUGGAUUUGCUCCACGAGAGGGAGAAACGGGAUCUUAUUACUGGCCUAAAGACGAGAACAAAUGCUGGCAGACCCAAUUGGGAUAAAGUAUUUAAGCAGCUACAGGAUCGCAAAAAGGGAAAGAUUACAGUCUUUUACUGCGGCCCGCCACAACUUGCCCGCAUUCUACGCUACAAGUGCGACCAAUUCGGCUUCAACUUCCGCAAAGAGACAUUUUGAACGAACGAUUUACGAAUUUGCAUUGAAACGAUGUCUUUGUCGCAAGUAUCGAGUCUCUCUUGCCACCUGUAAAUGUAAAUGCCUAUAUUAUGCGCAAGCAAGAGCAGCUCUCGCAUUGCUUUCAACAACUUUUUUCCCUCUUAAUUU